AUGACUCAACUAGCAAGAGUACAGCUUGGCACACGGUACACACUUGCAUACUCACCAACAUUCUAUCAAUACGACAUGGCUCAUUCCACCCCACAGCUCGGCCGUCAUACGUUGGAAAGGUCCAUGCGCUUUAUAGAAGCCACUUGGCCCGGUACUAAAGUGGUCUAUGGGGACACCGACAGUGUGUUUGUGCACGUGCCAGGGGCUUCCAAGGAGUCGGCUUUCAGAAUCGGUCAGGAGAUUGCCGAGGCCAUCACUGCGCGUGAGCCACGUCCAAUGGAAUUGAAGUUCGAUAAGACGCGCAAACCCAAGACCGGGGUCAGCGAAGGUCUACCAUUGUGCAGUCUUGAGACUAAUUUCUUGCUUACCAGCAAGUACAAAACCAAAAUAGAGGCGCGGGUGAAAGCUGCCCAGGAUGCUGCGGUGAACAUCACUAACCUUAAGCAGUCGAAUGUGGUGCUAAACUCCAUCCACAAAGACCCCAUGCGAGAGCCACGGUUGAGGGGCCGAUACCCAUACUUUGUGCUACGGGGUGAUAAGGGAAUGACUUUGGCGUCACGCUGCAGGGAUGCAUAUUUGUUGCUGGAAGAAUGGGCCAUCGAUCCACACAACACCUUAAGUUUAGAUUACGAGACUACAGGUCAGCAGACCUUAUUGCUAAGCUACUCACGGUUUGUUAAUAUUAUAGGACAAGAUGGGUCCAUUCCUGUCAACGGAGUGGAUGUGAGUUUGUGGUACGAACAGCUCCCCACCCAAGUAGACUUGACCUCUGAGGCCGAUGCUUACUCGACACUGCAGUACAAGCCAAGCACACUCAUGCACAGGCGGCGCUAUGUGCAGAUCCAACAGGCUACCGUGGCACAGUUCUUCCAGCCCACGCGUUGUGUCCUGUGCAACGAUCCCAAGGCGGUUGUGAGGGAUGCACAAUUACGUGUAUGCGACGAAUGUCUGGUAGACCGAGCGUGGUGCACCUAUCAACUACAGGAUACCAUCACCUCCCUCGAGUCAAAGCUAGGCGCAUACGAAGAGUUCUGCAAUCGCUGCUGUGGUUUCAAUGUGGCUGAGGAUGGCAAGAGUGCGUGUGUUUCCAUUGACUGCCGCAUGUUCUACCAGCGUGUACGAGCCGCCCGACAGCUGCAACAGCAGAAACAUAAUGCCAUAGACACCGACGCAGCAAUAGAAAUUGAAUAAUAGUAGUGUCGAAGUUGUGCUACUC